GAAGACCACCAUUUCCUCUCAACUUUUCCUCCUUUCACUUCUUCCCAUUUGCUUCACAUGCCUUGCUUUUGGAGCCACCAUGCUGCCACAAAAUGAAGUGCUAGCGUUGAAGGAUAUAGCUAAAACACUUGGUAAGAAUGAGGGUUGGGACUUCAAUGUAGAUCCAUGCAGCUGGAACAGCACUUCUACCCAUGAAGAAAUGGCCGAUAUGGUUAUUUGUAAUUGCAAAGUGCCCAAUGACAGCUUCUGCCAUGUUGAGAAAAUAGCUCUAAAGUCACAAAAUCUUCAAGGCAGUCUACCCCCACAACUGAUCAGAUUACCCUAUCUCCAAGAGAUUGAACUAAGCCGCAACUACCUUAGUGGUACAAUUCCCAAAGAAUGGGGCACUUCCAACCUUCGAAAAAUUUCUCUUCUUGGAAACAGACUCACUGGUCCAAUCCCAAGAGAGUUGGCAAACCUCACCAAUCUUACACGCUUGAUCCUUGAGUUCAAUCAAUUCUCUGGAAAUCUUCCUCCAGAACUUGGGAAUCUUGCCCACAUUGAAAAACUGCAUUUAAGCUCCAAUAACUUCACUGGUCAAUUGCCAGCAACUCUUGCGAGGCUUACUACAAUGAAGGAAUUUCGAAUUAGUGACAACCAGUUCUCUGACAACAUACCUAAUUUUAUUCAAAAUUGGACAAGUCUUGAGCAAUUAUAUAUGCAAGGGACUGGUUUAAGUGGACCAAUUCCCUCACUAAUUUCACUUCCAAACUUAACCGACUUGAGGAUUAGUGACUUGAAUGGACCUGAUUCAACUUUUCCACAACUUAAUAUGACUGCACUGACAACACUGAUAUUAAGGAGUUGCAAUAUCAAUGACACAUUGUCUAAAUUUCUUCAAAAACCCCUGGCUUUACACAUUUUAGACCUUAGCUAUAACAAGUUAAAUGGACAAGUAUCGACAAACCUUAAAGAUUUAACAACACAAGCAACCUACAUAUAUUUAACAGGAAACUUUCUCACUGGAGCAGUGCCUGAGUGGACAAGCGACAAUAAUAGAAAUUUAGAUCUCUCGUAUAACAACUUCAGUAUUGAAAACCCAGAGUCAAAGACUUGUUACAAGCAAAAUGUGAACUUGUUUGCAAGCUUUUCAAGGAAUAAUAACUUAGGACCAGUUUCUUGUGAAAGCAACAAUAGAUCAUGUCCUAAAUAUGUUAAAUCAUUGCAUAUAAAUUGUGGUGGAAAACAAACUACUAUUCAAGGUAUAACAUAUGAUGAAGAUAUAGAUCCAGCUGGACCAGCAGUAUAUAAACAGAGUAGAAAUAACUGGGCAUUUAGCAACACAGGUCACUUCAUGGACAAUGAUACUAACGAACGAGAACAACCUUUACCCUACACCACAGAUAAUGAAUCUAUGCUUUAUAUGACUGAUGCUGAAUUAUAUAUGAAUGCACGUAUAUCUCCCAUGUCUUUGACUUAUUAUGGAUUUUGCUUGGAAAAUGGAGACUACACAGUAAAGCUUCACUUUGCUGAGAUAAUGUUCACUGAUGAUAGCACAUAUAGAAGCUUAGGGAGACGUCUAUUUGAUGUAUACAUUCAGGGAAAAAAAGUAUUGGAGGAUUUCAAUAUUGCAAAUGAAGCACAUGGAGUUGGCAAGGAAUGCAUAAAACAAUUUCCAGCUCAUGUGAGUAGUAACGACUUGGAGAUUCGCUUCUAUUGGGCUAGCAAAGGGACAACAUAUAUCCCAUACAAAUCAGUAAAUGGUCCUCUUAUAUCUGCCAUUUCUGUUGAGAAUGACUCUACAAGUAGCAUAUCUGUAGGAGUUAUUGUUGCAAUUAUAGCUGCAUUUGUGAUUGUUAUCACCUUGAUUGUUAUUGGCGUACUUUGGUGGAGGCGUUUCAUAGGAAAGAAGUAUUUAUUAAUGAAAGAGCUAAGAGAUUUAGAUCUACAAACUAGUUUAUUUACUUUACAUCAAAUCAAAACUGCAACAAAUAACUUUGAUAUUUUGAAUAAGAUUGGAGAAGGAGGUUUUGGUCCUGUUUAUAAGGGCAUUCUAUCAAACAACACAACAAUAGCAGUCAAACAACUUUCAUCUACAUCGGAGCAAGGAGCCCAUGAGUUUAUAAAUGAGAUUGGCAUGAUUUCUACUUUGCAACACCCUAAUCUUGUUAGACUUUAUGGAUGCUGUGUUGAAGGAGAUCAAUUGUUAUUGGUAUAUGAAUAUAUGAAAAAUAAUAGCCUUGCACAUGCUUUGUUUGGCCCAAGAUAUAGCCAUUUAAAAUUGAAUUGGCAAACAAGGCAAAAGAUUUGUGUUGGUAUUGCAAGAGGCUUAACAUUCCUACACGAACAACCAAGACUGAAAGUUGUUCAUAGGGACUUAAAGACUUCUAAUAUAUUACUUGAUGAAGACCUAAAUCCAAAGAUAUCCGAUUUUGGUUUGGCUAGGCUUCAUGGAGGAGACAAUACUCACAUAAGCACCAAAAUUGCAGGGACUUGGGGAUAUAUGGCUCCUGAGUAUGCAUUGCAUGGUUUUCUAACUGACAAAGCAGAUGUUUAUAGUUUUGGUGUUGUUGUCUUGGAAAUUAUAACCGGAAAGAGAAACAUUAUUCACCGUUUAAAGGAAGAAUCAUUUGACCUUCUUGAUUGGGCACGAUUGUUAAAAGAUAAAGGUAAUAUAUUUGAUCUAGUUGAUCCAAGGUUGGGUUCAACUUUCAAUGAAAAAGAGGUAAUGUUGAUGGUCAAAGUGGUUCUCCUAUGCACUAAUGUCUCUUCAAACCUUAGACCCAACAUGUCUUCUGUACUUAGUAUGCUUGAGGGAGCAUUAGUGGUCCCAGAAUUUGUUGCACAUACAACUGAGGAAAUGGAUGAAAUAAAAUUGGAGCUAAUGAGAGACUUUUACAAUCAAAUGGAAAACAAUAAAAUAAGUGAGUCACGAAGAUUGAGUAUGACAAUCAAUAUUGCAUGGACUGCCUCAUCUUCUUCAAUUGUAGACCUCAAUCCAACUCAAUCUGAUUCUUCCUAUUGGGAAAAAAAUAAUUAGAUAUUUUGUAUGAACA